AUGUCUGCUCCUACCCCUGGGGUUCAGGCGGGUGUUCCUGGGGCUACGUGCAGGGAGGUUCAGGCGAGGGACGGGGUGGAGUCCCGGCGGGGCAAGAAAACGAGGAAGAAGUCGAAACACGUGAAGAAGUCGGCCCCCGAGACCGCAGAGCUCACGCCCAUUUGCCCUGAGGUGGAGGGGGAGACUCGGGGAAGCGUACGGUUGGACGGGGCGAUAGGAGCGGAGAGGGAGAGCCUAGCCACCGGGGAAUUGCCCCUCUCGUGGCGGAGAGCUGUCGUGGUCCUGCUGCCCAAGAAGUGUGACCUCCGCCUGCUAAAGAACCGGCGUCCGGUCUCCCUCUUGUGUGCGGACUACAAGAUCUUCGCCCGGGCAAUGGCCAACCGUCUUGGUUCAGUACUGAGACAGACACUUACACGAGGCUUGAACUGGACAAUACUGAACUGCACCGUGACUCACACAACUGAGAAGCAGCCCAUUCAGUCCACUACGUCCAUGCUGACCUUUGACACCAAUCUUGUUGCCCAGCUCUCGGUCUGUGUUUCUGUGAGCACUGGCACUCUGCGCCAUGGCAACCGCGGAUACCUCGUGAACCCUCCCAUGUGCAUUACCGCGAGAGGGAAUAGCCCCCGUCCGCACAUUGCUGCAAGAAGAUAUCAGGAACGCAAAGCUGGGGUCGUCGCUGGGAAAAUGCAAGUUUUCGUUUCACUGGCAGCAGGUGGGGAGGUUUCGAGCGACAGGGACCAAAGCAAUGUGGCCAGUUCUGGUUUCAGUUUUCACAGCUGGUGGCGUCAGGGUCACUGUGGACAGCACGGGCCACUGGGGGCUGCAACAGAAACUCACAACGUCCCCAACACUCAGCAGAGAAUCUCGGGUCUCCGGGCUCACAGCCGGCAGCCAGCUCUCUGCUCACGGCCUUCCGUCUCCCACGACACACCAGUCUUCCAGGCACGUGGAAAAGCGGCCGGCCAGGCUGAAAACCUUGCCACCAAACUUCAAGCAGAGGCUUCAACUGCUUCCACCAGACCAGCUGCACAAGAGAGCAGAGUAAUCACGAGGAUGAAGGACUGGUUGCUGAGCCUGAACCUUUUGAUCAUGUGCGUGCAAGCAGUUGCAGGAGAACCACUGGAAGUGGUGGGAAUGAUGGGAAAGCAUGUCAGCCUGCCGUGCGCCCACAGGGACGAGAAACGCACCUUGCAAACGAAGACGGUGUUAUGGCAAAGGGGGAAAACUGUCGUGCACAUUCAGAAUUCAACAGGCGGCCAGGCCAAAGAGCAGGACGACAGGUACAAUGGCCGGACAGAGAUGGAUGGCCAGGAGUUUAGCCAGGGCAACAACUCGCUGACCCUCAAACUACUUCAGCUGGAGGACGAGGGUUGCUACAUGUGUAUCGUGCUGACAAACUCAAAACACUGGGAGGUGCAGUACUCUGCUAACAUUCAGCUCUAUGUAGCAGCCAAUUUCAGCACGCCCACCAUCGUGGGCCCAAAUCCGGAACGGGUACAACCUGGGGACUUGGUGAACCUGACCUGCCACUCGUCCGGUGGAUAUCCCAAGCCCACAGUGAAUUGGACAGACGGGGAGAACCGACCGUUACUCGGUACGAGGCAGGACGACUUCAGCCAAGAUGGCGUCUUGAGGCUGUGGAACAUCAGCAGUAUGAUCCAGGUGAAAGUGACCGCCAAAUCCAGCUUUGCCUGUACUGUCGUCAACACACGGACAAACAGGAGCACCACCUCCCCUGCCUGGUCUGGAUCCAUUGAGGAGAACCCUGUGCAGCAGAGGAAUAUUCUCUUAUACGUCACCCUGUUGGUUAUCACCUUGGCUAUGCUGGUUGCUCUGGGCCUUGCGCGUCGGAGGAUGACAAGACGAGCAGAAAUGACUGUGACUGUGGCUUGUCCCGAAGCUCAUCAGAUGAUUUCUACGAGGAACAAGACAGUUCUUCUGGACCAUUCUCCUUGUUAGAAUUACCUUCGUGAAUGCCAGUGAAUGGACAAACAGGGACAGCCAGUCCCAAAUGAAAAGCCCGCACUAGUGUGGUGGAGAGGGAGUAGACUGUGACAGACUUGGAGAGCCAACACAAGACAAAGACAAAAGUUUGUUUUGUCUAAUGGACAGCCUGAUCCGUUGUGGAUUUCAGGAGUUAGGGGAAGUAUCUAAUUUCUCACAGGCUUUGUUGCACCCUGUCUAAUUAUGGAGGGGAAGUGAGGAGGCGGCUGUCUCCCCCAUACCAUACACGUACUCUCUGAGUAUGUCAAGGGGGUACACCAGGUGCACACUGGGUUGAAGGGCUCUGGUGCUGGGAAGAGAGGGACAGGUUAACGGGAGAUUAAAUCCAGUUGCUCAAGGAGAGAGUCAGGACAGGUCUUGGUGGUGUCGGGAGGGCAGGUUAACAAGAGACAGAAUCAGGUCGCUUGAGUGAAUCAGAAGCAGCUUGAUCCUGGGCAGAUGCAGGUCCUGAGAGAGAAGGCUAAAAGCAUAUCGAAUGGGACAUAUGAGUGAAUGAGGAGUGGCUGCCUCAAAUGAGGAGGGUCAAAGGAAGGGUGAGGUAAGGAAAUCAAUGGAGGAAAGGGGGGAAAAUAUUGGCACAAAAGUGAGCUGUGGCAAUUGGGAUGAAUAACUGUUGAGAAUUUCCCAAAGGGCUGGAAAGAUGGCAGGGGAUCUGUGGGUGUGGGGAGUAUUAAGGGUAUGGGAAAGAGUACUGUCAGGGUCAAGAUGAGGAG